AUGUUAUUUUUAAGUUUAUGUGUUCAAUGCCAAACCAAACAAAAAGUUCCAAAAAAAGGUAUUGUAAUUAAACCUAUUAUAAGUCGUGAACUUAAUUCCCGGUGUCAAGUAGACUUAGUAGAUAUGCAAACUUGCAAAGAUGGUGAAUUUAAAUUUAUAUUAAAUUAUCAGGAUCACCUAACCAAAUUUAUUCAAUUAAGACCUCUAAAAUCUAAAACUGCAGAAGAAGUUGCACAUCACUUAUUAAAUAUAUUUCUUAUUUUCGGUGCGCCAAAUAUUUUACAUUCCGACAAUGGUCGAGAGUUUGUAAAUAAAGUUAUAUCAGAGCUGUGUUCAAUGUGGGAUGGUGUGAAAAUUGUGCAUGGUAAACCACGCCACAGCCAAACACAAGGAUUUAUCGAAAGGGCAAACCAAGAUUUCCAAAAUAUACUGAGAGCUAUGAUGGAAGAUAAUGACACUACAAAAUGGUCAGAAGCAUUACCAUUUGUCCAAUUUACAAAAAAUACGACGUAUCAUCAAGGUAUUAAGCAAACGCCAUACGAAGCUAUGUUUGGCACUAAAGCACAAAGAGGUCUUUUAACAUCUUCUAUUUCACGAGAACAAAUAGAAAAACUAGCAACAGAAGAAGAGUUAGAACAAGUACUUCAGUCUAUAACCCCUCAAACUAACCCAGAAAAUAAAGGAAGUGAUGAAAAUAAAGUAGCCCUUUCACGACGAGCAUUGAUUUUUGUUUUAAUGUGUUUUACAACUAGCACACAAAAUCGUGUAUGUAAAUCUAUACUAUCUUCAGUACUGACUGAUUAA